UUGAAAAGUGAAAUAGAUUCAAUGGAAAAUAUAACCAACGAAGAACUAGACGUAGAGACUAAAGAAGAUGAAAUGGAACAAGAGCAGUAUCAGAGAUUCCUUUAUGAACUAGAGUUCGUCAAUGCCAUAGCUAGUCCUCAAUACUUGCACUUCUUGGCUAAUAAGAACUAUUUUGAGGAUAAAGCCUUCUUGAACUUUGUGGAAUAUUUACAAUACUUCAAAAAAUCUGAAUAUAUCCAAUUCAUUAGGUUCCCAGAGGCUUUGCACUACCUAGAGCUUCUCCAAAGCAAGGUAUUUCGUGAUGAACUAAAAAAUGUGGAUUUUAUCAACAUCCUAUCAGCUUAACUCAUAAUUUACAUAAAC